CUUUUGACUCAUAAGCAGAUACACACUCUUUAUAUAUACUUUUUUUCUCUCUCUUUUAUUUCUAUAUAUUACGAGAAUAAGCAAGGAAUUGUAAAGAAUUAGACAAUGGAAGACAUGAGCAGUGGAUCUGACAGUGAAUAUUCAAAAUAUUGGAUUGAUUGGUUUUUGGACACCAAAGGAAAUGAAUACUUUUGUGAAGUAGACGAAGAAUAUAUCUUGGAUAGAUUCAACUUGACUGGACUCAAUUUAGAAGUGCCGCAAUAUUACCUUGAGGCAUUAGACAUGAUUACGGAUAAUUUAGAAGAAGAAAAGUUUGAUGAUAAAACAAGAGACCAAAUUGAACGAGCUGCACGACACUUGUAUGGUUUAAUUCACGCCAGAUUCAUUAUUACCAGUCGUGGAUUAUCAAAAAUGCUUGAGAAAUAUAAAAAAGCAGAGUUUGGUCGAUGUCCACGAGUGCUCUGUAGCCUUCAGCCGCUCUUGCCGGUGGGAUUAUCGGAUGUGCCGCAGACAAAGACUGUGAAAUUAUAUUGUCCACGCUGCGAGGAUAUCUAUAACCCCAAAUCAUCACGACAUGCAUCCAUUGAUGGUGCUUACUUUGGCACGUCAUUCCCUCACAUGUUGUUUCAAGUACACGCGAAUUAUCUGCCUACAAAAACAUUUGACCGUUAUGAACCACGUAUCUUUGGAUUCAAAAUUCAUCAUAUUGCAGAACAACAUCGAUGGCAGGACCGGGCUCGUGAAGAGUAUCAGAAACGAUUGAUUGAAUUGCAAAAAUCAGAGGAAUAAUAAAAGUCAACGUGACUGUAAAUAAACAAGAUGACGU